UCUCACAAAUCCAAAUUUUCAGCCUCUUUCUCUCGUAAAACUCCCAAAUACUCAUACGCACAUCCCUUCUCUCUAUUUCUCUAUUUCUUUUUCUUUUUUAUUUUUCAUUCCCCUCUCUGCAUCAUCGGACAAUAACACUGGUACAAUAAAUCCAAUCGAGGUUUCCGAUUCGUCGAAUUUGCUCUCCUUCAAACUCUCUUCACCCUGCGCGAUAGUAAAUUAGCGGUUUUUUUCAACUCGACCGGGAUUUUUCUGCACAAAAAGCCCCUGAAAACGGUGUCGUUUUUGAAAUCUAUAUUUCCCGCCGCCGCCGGCUUGACUGAGGCAGCCGUAGCCGGUGAAUCGGGGGUUUAGGCCUCCCACAUCCACUGUAUUUACGAAAAUACCCUUGACCCGAAUUUCUUGAUUUUUUCCCCUCCGGCUUUGCUCUCUGUCUGCGCAAAGAGACUUUUGGAGGGAGCUGUGGUUGGAAAUAUUCAUUGUUUUUUCGCCUGGUUGUUACUUUUUCUUAUUUUGGACUCCAUGAUUACUUCAACGUGAAGAACAUAACAUGGCGUUUUCCAGAAAUUCUUCAGAUGAAGCAGUGGACCAGAUUGCAUUGAAUGAGAGAAGUCAUUUGCACCAGCUGGACAUUGAUAGCAGUAGGCUUAAGGACAAUGCUAUGACCAAUAAUGAAGAAAUGACAGAUCUUACACCUGAUAAAAAUGGGGGUGAAGAUACUAGAAGUAAUCUAAGGGUAGGACAUGACCAGCCUCCUGCUAGGGGAUCGGCUGUGGGGGGUAAGUGGGGUUCAUCUUUUUGGAAGGACUACCCACCGGCGAGGACAUCCCAUGGGCCAUCAGAGUCAGGGGAGGAGUCAAAGAGUGGGUCAGAGUAUAAAGGCUCUGAAGUUGAGGAGGAGUCUGAUGGAUUAGAGGAUAGAAUGGAGUCAGAAUAUGAUGACAUUACACAUAAAGAUUUGACGGGGAAAGGGCAUCAGACUGUUCCGGUUGAUGAGAUGUUGUCUGAUGAGUACUAUGAGCAAGAUGGUGAUGAUCCACCAACCGAGGCUGUGAACCAUUAUAGGACAGCAAACCACUCACUUGGGUAUAGUUCGAAGCCAACAUCUCGGCCUGCUCCCAGCAAUAUUUCGAGGAAAUUGAAGGGGUCGAAAGCCAACAAAUACAGUGAUGAAGAUGCAGAUUAUGAAGAAGAUGACGACGACGAAGAUGAAGACGACCCUGAUGAUGCUGACUUCAAUCCUGAUUAUGGGGCAAGAAGCAGGGAGAAUCAGAUCAAGGAUGAAGAUGAAGGUUGGGAUGCUGAAGAAUCUGAUGAGGAUGAUAAUAUUGAUGAUGAGGAUGAUUUGGAUGUCUCGGAUGAAGAUGAUCCAUACUUUAAGAAAAGUAGGGCAAAACAACCAAGUAAAAGUGGUCGUAAUUUGAAGUCUACCCGAGAAUUUAAGUCAAUUGCAUCAUCCACUCGGAGAAAGAAAGGUAGAGCUUCAUUUGAGGAUGAUGACGAAGAUUCUUCUGCUGAUGACUCAGAAAAUAUCAGUGAUGAAGAUUUUAGAAGUUCAAGGAGAGGUGCACAAGCGCAUAGAAAGAAUGGUGGUCGAUCUGUUGCUGUUAAUGAUUCUAGUAGGAGAAAUGAACCGCGAACAUCAGGUCGUUCAGUUCGUAAAAUAUCAUAUGUUGAGAGUGAUGGAAGUGAAGAUAUUGAUGACAUAAAGAAAAAGAAUCAAAAGAAGGAGGAAGAAGAAGAUGCCGAUGCGAUUGAGAAGGUAUUAUGGCAUCAACGAAGGGGCACAGCUGAAGAAGCACUGAGGAAUAAUAAAUCAACAGACCCAGUUCUUUUGAGCUAUUUGUUUGAUUCUGAACUGGAUUGGAAUGAUAUGGAAUUUCUGAUAAAGUGGAAAGGCCAAUCACAUUUACAUUGUCAAUGGAAAUCAUUUUCUGAGUUGCAGAAUCUCAGUGGUUUUAAGAAGGUUUUGAAUUAUACCAAAAAAGUAAUGGAAGAUGUGAAGUACCGGAGGAUGGUAUCCCGGGAGGAGAUUGAAGUAAAUGAUGUCAGCAAGGAGAUGGACCUGGAUAUCAUCAAACAAAACAGUCAGGUGGAGAGAGUAAUAGCGGAGCGAGUUGUUAAAGAUGGUUCAGGUGAAGUAGUUUCAGAAUAUUUGGUCAAGUGGCAGGGACUGUCUUAUGCUGAAGCUACUUGGGAAAAGGACAUAGAUAUUUCAUUUGCUCAAGAUGCUAUCGAUGAGUACAAGUCUCGAGAGGCUGCAUCAAUGGUUCAAGGGAAGACUGUUGAUUUUCAGCGCAAGAAAAUCAAAGGAAGUCUCAGGAAGCUUGAUGAGCAGCCUGAGUGGCUGAAAGGUGGCAAACUUCGAGACUAUCAGCUUGAAGGCCUGAACUUUCUAGUGAACAGCUGGAGAAAUGAUACCAAUGUAAUUUUAGCAGAUGAAAUGGGUCUUGGUAAAACUGUUCAGUCAGUUUCGAUGCUUGGUUUUCUGCAGAAUUCGCAGCAAAUUCAAGGACCAUUUCUUGUAGUUGUUCCUCUAUCUACCUUGUCUAAUUGGGCAAAAGAGUUUAGAAAGUGGUUGCCUGAGAUGAAUGUUAUUAUAUAUGUUGGAACUCGUGCUAGCCGUGAGGUUUGCCAGCAAUAUGAGUUUUACAAUGACAAAAGAGCAGGCAGGAGUACUAAUUUUGAUACUCUUUUGACUACAUACGAAGUAUUAUUGAAGGAUAAAGCCGUUCUCUCAAAAAUUAGGUGGAGCUACCUGAUGGUUGAUGAAGCACAUAGGUUAAAAAACAGCGAGGCCUCUUUAUAUAUGGCAUUAUCAGAAUUUAGCACAAAGAACAAGUUGCUAAUUACCGGCACUCCCCUGCAAAACAGUGUUGAAGAGCUAUGGGCUUUGCUUCAUUUUCUCGAUCGUGAUAAGUUUAGGAGCAAAGAUGACUUUGUUCAAAAGUACAAGAAUCUUAGUUCCUUCAAUGAAACAGAGCUUACGAAUCUUCACAUGGAAUUGAGACCUCACAUUCUCCGAAGAGUGAUUAAAGAUGUGGAGAAGUCUUUACCUCCCAAGAUUGAACGCAUCCUGAGGGUUGAGAUGUCUCCACUUCAGAAACAGUAUUAUAAGUGGAUUUUGGAACGUAACUUCCAAGAUUUGAAUAAAGGAGUUCGGGGAAAUCAGGUCUCACUUUUGAAUAUUGUGGUGGAGUUGAAGAAAUGCUGUAACCACCCAUUUUUGUUUGAGAGUGCUGACCAUGGUUAUGGCGGGGAUACAAACUCCCUAGGUAGCACAAAACUCGAACGUGUUAUUUUGAGUAGCGGAAAGCUGGUUAUACUGGAUAAACUGCUUAAUAGAUUGCAUGAGACCAACCAUCGUGUUCUUAUAUUUUCUCAGAUGGUUAGGAUGUUGGAUAUACUUGCCGAGUAUCUUUCUCUCAAAGGGUUCCAAUACCAAAGACUUGAUGGCAGUACAAAGGCUGAGUUACGUCAUCAGGCUAUGGAACAUUUUAAUGCCCCGGGGAGCGAGGACUUCUGUUUUCUUCUUUCAACUCGUGCUGGUGGGUUGGGUAUCAAUCUUGCAACUGCAGACACGGUUAUCAUAUUUGAUUCCGACUGGAAUCCGCAAAAUGACUUACAGGCGAUGAGCCGAGCUCAUCGAAUUGGGCAGCAAGAAGUAGUUAACAUUUACCGGUUUGUUACUAGCAAGAGUGUAGAGGAAGAUAUAUUGGAGCGUGCUAAAAAGAAAAUGGUUCUGGACCAUUUGGUUAUUCAAAAACUGAAUGCAGAGGGCAAACUGGAGAAAAAAGAAACGAAAAAAGGAACAACCUUUGAUAAAAAUGAGCUUUCAGCAAUUCUGAGGUUUGGGGCUGAAGAACUCUUUAAGGAAGAAAAGAAUGAUGAGGAAAGCAAGAAAAGGCUUCUUGGUAUGGAUAUUGAUGAGAUUCUUGAAAGGGCAGAGAAGGUUGAAAACAAAGCAACCGAAGGAGAGGAAGGUCAUGAACUGUUGAGUGCAUUUAAGGUUGCAAAUUUCGGCAGUACUGAAGAUGAUGGAACUUUCUGGAGCCGGAUGAUAAAGCCAGAAGCUGUUGCACAAGCUGAAGAUGCUUUAGCUCCUCGAGCAGCACGAAAUAUUAAAAGUUAUGCAGAGGCUAUACCAUCUGAAAAGACUAAUAAGCGGAAAAAGAAAGGAGUUGAAACUCAGGAAAGAAUGUCAAAGAGACGAAGGGCAGAUUCUGCUUACUCUCCUCCUGUACUUGAAGGUGCUACUGCACAAGUGAGAGGAUGGUCAUAUGGAAAUUUACCUAAAAGAGAUGCAACUCGCUUUUUUCGCGCGGUCAAGAAGUUUGGAAAUGAUAGUCAGAUAAGCUCGAUAGCUGCAGAAGUUGGUGGAACGGUUGAAGCUGCUUCAACUGAAGCUCAAAUUGAGCUAUAUGAUGCUUUAAUUGAUGGUUGUAGAGAAGCAAUUAAAGGAGAGAUUAUGGACCCCAAGGGUCCACUCUUAGAUUUCUUCGGUGUACCUGUGAAGGCUGAUGAAAUCUUAGAGCGCGUUGAAGAACUUCAGUCUCUCGCCAAGCGGAUCAACCGGUAUGAAGAUCCUCUGUCGCAAUUCAGAGCACUAGCAUAUCUCAAACCAUCCACAUGGUCCAAAGGUUGUGGCUGGAACCAGAAGGAUGAUGCAAGGCUGCUGCUUGGAGUUUACUAUCAUGGUUUUGGAAAUUGGGAAAAGAUAAGGUUGGAUGCAAGCCUUGGUCUUACAAAAAAGAUUGCUCCAGUGGAACUUCAGCAUCAUGAAACUUUCCUACCCCGAGCCCCACAACUGAAAGAGCGAGCUGCACAACUUUUAGAAAUGGAAGUCGCAGCUGUUGGUGGAAAGAACUCUAAUGUGAAAGUUGGCCGUAAGAAUGCAAAAAAGCAGAAAGACGCUCUUACUAUAUCAGGUGGAAAGGGAAGACAAGGGAAGCCUACUUCUCCUAGAGGGAAUAUUCAAAUGAAUAGAAGAAGAGCUCCCAAAUCCCAGAAGAUGGAGCCUUUAGUUAAAGAGGAAGGUGAAAUGUCUGAUAAUGAGGAAGUUUAUGAGCAGUUCAAGGAAGUAAAGUGGAGGGAGUGGUGUGAAGAUGUCAUGGUAGAUGAGGAAAAGACUCUUAAACGUCUCCAAAAGCUGCAGUCUAUUAGUGCAGAUUUGCCUAAAGAUAAGGUGCUUUCCAAAAUUCGGAACUAUUUGCAGCUUAUCGGUAGGAGGGUUGACCAAAUUGUUGCAGAGUAUGAGCAGGAGUUGUAUAGGCAAGAAAGAAUGACCACUAGAUUGUGGAAUUAUGUAUCUACGUUUUCAAACUUGUCUGGUGAGAGACUUCAGCAAAUUUAUACUAAACUUAAACAGGAGCAAGGUGUAGGACCGUCGGCUACUGGGCACAGGGAUCUUGAUGUGGAGAAAUUCGAAGCUUGGAAACGAAAAAAAAGAGCUGAAGCCGAUCCUUCUCAUAUUCAGUAUCCAUACCAAAGACCUCCUCCAAAUAAUGGGACCUGGUUACCCGAUCCCAGCUCUUCUGGGAUUCUAGGGCCGCCACCAUCUGAGAGCGGCAGACAGUUACGUAAUGGGAGGCCUUACCGGAUGCAGUAAUAAACACACGGUUUCUCAACUGAUAUAAAGUAGCUGCUCGACAUUUUUUUUACCGUGGCCAAAGAUCGCUGCUUGCUUUGAGAUGACGAGUCGCCAAUUUUGCCAUGUCCAAUUUGGUGUUAUUGUUGAUCUGAAGCUGCCCAGAAUACCAGACUGCAUCUGCUGAAACAGAUGAUGAAGAAGAAUCAGUAUCAGCAGAUGUUUGGGAGAGGCUGAGAUGAAAGAUGCAUAAACUUGGGAAAUCCUCUGAAAAUACAUUCUUUUUUGCUCUUGGUUUCUUUUAUAAAUUAAUUUAGUUUCAAUUUUCUUUAGGUAUAUAGAGGAUAGUUGAAAGGAUGCGCUUAUAUCCUUUAUGAUAUCGACGCCGAAAGACAAUUUUUUGUAUGUAUAAUGGCUUUAUAAAAUGUAAAUGACACAAUUUUGCUGACGAGACUUAGAAAAGUUAUAAAUGCAAUUGCCAA